UUGCAGUGGUUCCCGGAUGUUGGAGUGACCAUAUAUCGCUGUGUGUUCGCUGGUUAUUGCCUUGGUUGGAUUAUUUACAGUGGCUUUCACCUUAGUAAUGGAGACGAGAAGUGGUUCAUCUAUCUCACUAACUGGAGCUUUGCAUUCCUUACGUUGUAUUUCAUCUUGGCAUUUGUUGUGUGUGUGUUUAACCACAUCAGGGAUACACCGAAUGAAACAGCCCCCGUACAAAUGACAACAGCAAAGAGCGAUGGAAGCAGCGGGAUUAGCAUUGAGGUCGCUAACGACCAAGGCCUAAACUAUGAACAACCAGCCGCGAAAAUGGCGUGGUAUCACAAAGCAUUAUGGGUCAUCUUUAUUAUCGCUGCCAAUGCCGCCAUCUUGGUAACCCUGUUGUACUGGACGCUCAUCUUUACCGGAAAAACCAGUGGGCUGGACAUAUCAACCCAUUUGAUAAACAGCCUUUUUAUCGUAGCAGACGUGAUGCUUAGUGAAACUCCUGUGAGAUUCCUUCACUUUCUUUACGCUUGGAUCUAUGGUGCUUGUUAUGUUCUGAUGACUGUGAUAUUUUGGGCAUCAAAUGGCACUAAUGCUCUUGGCGAUCCCUAUAUAUAUUCGUAUAUAGAUUAUGAUGAGUCUCCGGCACUCUCUAGUGGUAUUGUUGUUGGGUUUGUUUUGUUGGGACAGCCGUUUGUCCAGGCCAUCCUUUUUGGCCUGUUCAAACUGAGAGGGUUUUUGGCUCUAAAAUGUGGCAACAAAAUGUAAAUUCCUUUCAGCCAUAAACUACCACUUAAGUCAUCCUUAUAGCAUACUGUAUAAUCAUUGCAAUGAUUAUUAUAUUUUUCUACUCAGAUCAUUGUUUUAUGUUGUCAGAUUCUCUAAGUACAUAUACAAAUGUUUUACCGUUUAAUUUUUUUAAAUUUUCUUCUUGCACAUUGUCUUACGCCUUCAAGCCUUCAAAACUGUCCCAAAUGAAAAGGUUUUUUAACUUUUUUUAUUUACCGCCUACUUGUAAUUAGAACUUGUAAUUGAUGUUGUAAUUAAAUAACUGGGAAAUAAAUCUGGAGUCGUGUGAGUUAAUAUUUUCAGCGGUUUUAACAUCUGCCCAUGCGUAGUGCGCUCAGCUAAGCAAAUCCAAGAUAGCGUCUUCCAGUUGAGUUCUCUCGCGUCCAUGCACCUUUUUCGUACAAAGAUCAAGGGUUGAUUUCCACUGUCUUGUAAUUUUUCUGUGCGAACGAACGUAAAAUUUGCGAGCGUAAAUGAAACAGAGGCGGCAAUGUAUGAAACGCCACGCGCAAACGUAGAAGUUGUGCGAGGUUCAGCGUUUACGUAUACGUGUUGGCCCUCCAUACAUUAGAGAGAUUAAGAUUCACAUUUACCGUAAACGUGAAUUUGUACCAUGCACGUGACCAAGUUUUGCCCUUAAUUGUCGUUAACUGUUUAUUACUUCUACUCAAAAAUAAGUAGUUUCACGCCUGUUUUAUACAAAAGAAUUGUUCGCGACAGUUUUUAUCUGCCUCUUUUCUAUUUUGAGAAAUUCUCAGCUUGAAUCUGCCGUUUGCCUUUUGCCGUAAACUUGACUGCUAAUCCCUCUAUUGUCUUCAUUUUACUAACGCGAGUAAAUUUCACGCGCGAAUUCGCGCGCGUACAAUACUCGACAUUGGAAAUCCACCCUUAGAUAGUAAUGAUGUUCGCACUACGCUGGUCAAAUUUUCGACCGAACCGGGAGAGGGAGGGGAAUUUGGCGUCGAUUUUGAUGUAAAUUUUCGUAAUUCCUCCGUGUGAGCAGAACACCAGAAACUCACACCUUUUAUGAGACGACUUGAACAACGAAGAAAAUCACUAACAAUUACGAUGCAAGUUUGUUCAGUUGUUUUUGUUGUUUGUUUUGUUUUUACUUUGACAUCUUUGUUAACUUCCCCGUCCUCGUCGUCUUGGAUCCGGGAUUCCACAGAUUCCAAAUGUCUUAUCAGAGAUACUUGGAUUCCUGAUAGAGCGGUUUUCACUUGACUGUCGAAAGGGAUUGGUUUUGGUUUUGGUUUUGGUUUUACUACGCCCUUUGGUUGGCUAGUGUAUUUACUUUGGUUUUGCUUUUACGACAGUCAAGUGAAAACCGCUCUAACCAAUCGUUAAUGAGAUUCCGGAUUCCUUGAGUUGAAUUACAGAUUCCAAAGCCCAGGAUUCCAGAUUCCAAGAUCUUAGAUUCCGGAAUCCUGAUUACCUCAUAUUGUCUUAAGUUUGCAGAAGGACCGUGAAUCUGUAUUAAACUGAAAAGCCCGGUUUCGUCGCUUGUAUUGGGAUUUUGAAUCCUAAUUAUCCGACUUUUUUAUUCGGAUACUUUAAUAUUCACUUUAUAUUCACUUUAUAUUUGAAUAUAAAGUGAAUAUUAAAGUAUCCGAAUAAAAAGUCGGAUAAUUAGGAUAAUGAAUGUCUGUAAACCGCCAGGUAAUCCGAAUGUGUUCAGGAAUCUGGAAACAUUUGAUCCAAAAAAACCUCUUUCAUUGUAAAACUAAGUAGCCUUUGAUGAAGUUUCCUCGCAGUAUUUUUUCCAUAUGUAAAUAUUUCUUUAUUACAAGUUCAUCUUUUUUGUUUUCCUUUGUAUCAGGGGGAAAAGAGUAAAUUAUCGUCUCUACAUCAAAGAAAACUUUCACAAUAAAAGCAGUCAAAAGCUUUAAAGGAUAAUGGGGUAAAUCCUUUUUUGUCUUUUUCUUUUUCAAGAUCGAAUUAAUUAAGUACAAGCUAAUUUGUUUUGUGUGCUGCUGAUAUUAGCACGUGGUACAUCACAAUAAACUCCUCAGGGACUCUAGCCAUUGUCAAGCAAAUCAACAACCUCUUCAAUGCCACAGAAUACAAAUAUAUGCACGAUUUAUGGCUAAUGUUUUACUCAGCGGUGAGUCAAAUUUGAUCGAAGAAUGUGGCGUACAGAACUACAAGAAGUGAAAGAAGAAUUUCAGCUGGUUCAGUUUCGCCUAUUGUACCCUAAUGCAGGGGACUUUGCGGAAACCCCGGUAAGUUGACUUCAUAUAAAAUUAAGCAAUCGGUUGAAUUGUCGCUGGCAUCGGUUUGCUUAUUUGCAUGUAAGUCUUUCCACUGUCUCUCGUUUCGACGUUUCUUUCAAUCGCUUUCAAAACAAACGCAUUCCUCUUGAGGGAAGAAUUAACAAAGAGCGUGAAAGUUGUACCAAUACAUUAAAUUUUUGAUUUCCCCUUUUCUAUUCAAAGGGGCGGAAAUUUCUAGUUUAAGAAAUUACGAGUCUUGAACCGUGACAACUAAAAGUACAAAUGUUGACCACCUUUCAAUGGUAAAGUAAAGAAUGAUGUAUUUGUCCUAACAACUUCCCAACGAACGAAAUUCGAUACUAACGUAAUCCAGGUGCUUUCAGGAAGAAAGACAUUUGAGAUAAAACGUUUUUUUUUUAUAAAAACGCCUUGUUCCAGCGUUGAACUUGCCCGUCGAUUACUUCAACUUUCAAUGUAUCUUUGUCGUCGAGUGUUGUUCUAUGCUCUGGGAAGACAGUCACAUUUGUUUAGAUACUCGUUGACUUUUAAUGUCACUUUAAACAGCUCAGUGAAAUGUCGAAAGCAAAAUAAUCCUUCACAUACGAAAUAAUGCCUACUACAUUUCUCUCCUUGCGCCCACAUUGCAUACUGGUAUUUUACUGCGUACAUGUUGGUGUUUGAAACUUUACUCUAAGUCAACCUCAGUUAAUGCCAAUUGUAUUAAGGGCAAAAUUGAUCAAGAAUGUAUGGGUAAAGUUAUCCAAAGAAUAAAUAGAGAAAAGGCAGCCAGUGCAUUUGUUUAUGAUAUAGGAACUUUUCAAGAAACAAGAAAAAACAAAGGCGGAAAUGCGGUUCACCGAAUAAGUGUGCAAUACCAACCGGCAAAAAUGUCACGCGAUUAAAAUAUAAAACUGGAAACAUUUCAAAUAUACUGGACACAUGACAUUUUACGUUCUUGUUCCAUAGGUCUUAUUCUAAAUAAUUCAGAAACUAUUGGAUUUGGAAACAACAAAUAACUGAGGCUAUGAUUUUAACUUAUAUUUAUUCAAAAGUACUGUAACGAUAUAGAGUGACGUGAUUAAUGUUAUGAAUAUUUUAGGAAGUCCAUUUUCGAAUUGUAAAAUCAAGUUUUUUUGGAUUUCACAAUUAAGUAAGCUAUUACACGAGUAUUUUCGUACUUGAUUUUGUUUUAUCGUAACUGGAAGUGAUUUUUAGUGUUCAAAUUUACGUUUACUAAGAAAUCAACUCCAGAUUUUCUUUAUAUUUGCAUAAGCUCAAAAAAACUGGUCCAGCUCAUUAUUUAAAACUUCUUGAAUAAUUGAUUGCCAUCUGUUGAGGAAAACGAUAAUUUAAAUCUUAUUUUUAAACGUUACUAAACUAACUCGGUCUUUCAAGUUAUCGAGGAAUUUUGGAGUGGUAAAAUCAGCGUGCCAUCCCUGUGACUUGUUCAAAAUUGCUAUCCUCCUUGUUUCAGUGGUUUGGUGUCCCUGUGAUCCUAGUCUACCGCCUUCUGGUCGCCGGGUACUGCAGUGCUUGGUUAAUUUACAGCGGUUUCCACCCAUCCAACGGACAUGAGAAGUGGUUUAUUUACUUGACCAACUGGAGUUUUCUCUUUGUGACAGUUUACUUUGUUUUUGCCACCUUAAUAACCGCUUUCUAUUACAGAGAAGAAUGUAGACAAGGAGAAUACGAAAUGGGCAGCCCUGAACCGGUUCCUCUAAAGUACCGCACAGCAGGGCUGUCACGUUCAUCAGAUAUAGACUCCCGUGCAGGAAAGUCACGCGAGGAGAUGAAUGCAUCGCGUGACAAAACAGAUGCACGUGAAAACGUCCGAAGCCAUGAGGAUGUCAAAGUGUCUAUUAACCCUUUAGAAGUCAUGCAGGAGAUACCCAUGACAAGAUUUCAUGAAGCUUUGUGGGUGAUAUAUAACAUUGCAGCAAAUACUGCGUUACUUAUCACAGCAACAAACAGCGAUUACAAGGGACAUUCAUACGAUGGCUUAAUCAUCACGACUCAGAUACUGAAUACUGUUUUUAUCCUAACAGAGACCUUGCUUGGGACUGUCCCAGUGCGAUUAUUUCACGUUAUUUAUCCAAUGCUUUUCAGUACUGUAUACGUUAUGGUUACUGUUGUGUAUUGGGCGUGUAAAGGGACAAAUGCCUCAGGCGAGCCUUACAUUUACUCUGCCAUUGAUUACAGCGAGAACCCCAGAGGAAGCGUUGGCACUGUCCUAGGAUUCGUUUUUGUUGGUCACCCCUUAGCACAGCUUGUUUUAUUUAUUGUUUUUCGAGUCAGAUAUUGGCUGCGGAGGAAAUUUAGCAAAAAACUCAUUUGG